AUGGAUAGUUAUUGUCGACCGGAAGGUGGCGGAACGAAUAUUUUUCCUGAACUAAUUACUGACCGAGCUGGUUCUCGCUAUCUAAAAAUGACUGUUCAGCCUCAUUCGGCUGGUUCUAGUUCUUGUCCAGGAGAAUCAGGAGGUUAUUGCACAAAGGGUCAUGUUGGAAUGAAAGAAAGUUAUGGAAUGACUGCUAAUGAUGAUAAUUCAGGAAUUUAUGCUUUUCAAGACCGAAAUAAAAUUGGAAUUCAACAAUUUGGAAGUGUGACAAUCGACCGAACUAUUGAGGAACCAGAAGGAUUACCAUCAAGCAAUGUGCUGCCAGCCACUGGAAUUACUCCCGCCAGCGUUCCCUCUACUCCUUUCAACCCUAACCAAUUCCCUACUUCCGGUAAUUUAACCCCUACUCCAACUGGCUCGGGAGAAGCAGAAAUCAACGUUCCUGAUGUUGAUGUCUCGCCAGACCCUGAUUUUGAUCCAAGUUUAGACCCUGAUGGAACUGAUCCUGAAAUAGAUUCAACUCAAGAUCCAGAUAAACCAACUGAUCCUGAAAUUGACCCUGGAUAUGAUCCAUAUGAUCAAGACAAUGAUUAA